AUGGCGUCUCUCCGGCUGCUGCCACGUCGCGCUCUGAGGCGCGACCCCCGUCUCGUCGAACGACACCCGACGACUUCAAUCCGCCAUGCGUCUACGAGCUCGCCAGCGGCAACCUCAGGACUGUUUUCACUGCGCUCAGGCAUCUAUGCUUCCGUCUUUGUCGUCUCUACAGGCCUCUUCGUCGCCUACUAUGUCGACUCUCGUGCCGCCAUGCACCGCUAUGUCGUAAUGCCUGUGCUGAGGACUCUGCUGGAUGCGGAAACGAGCCACAAGCUCGCGCUCAGGGUGCUCGGAAGUGGGCUGGCACCUCGGGAUACGCAGAAGGAUGACGAGCGGUUAAGAACGAGCCUCUGGGGAGAGGAACUGAGUAAUCCGCUUGGCAUGGCAGCAGGCUUCGACAAGGAUGGGGAAGCGACAGAUGGCCUAUUCAACCUCGGGUUCAGCUGGGUCGAGAUUGGUAGCGUGACGCCGAGACCGCAGCCAGGUAAUCCCAAACCGCGAGUCUUCCGGCUCCCCUCGGAUGAAGCCAUAAUCAACCGCUAUGGGUUCCCCUCGGACGGACACACUGCCGUCUUAGCACGCCUGCGAGCCCGUCUACCCCUGUUCCAAGACCCAGAUGCAGCCGCCGCACAACACGCGUCGCUCCGUCCGGACGCAUUGCUCGCCGUCAACCUUGGGAAGAAUAAGUCGUCACCUGCCGACUCCAUUGACGACUUCGUGCAAGGAGUGCACAUGUUCGGGCCAUAUGCGGACGUGCUAGUCAUCAACGUAUCAAGUCCAAACACCCCCGGUCUUCGAUCUCUCCAAACGCGGGCGCUUCUCGAACGCUUGCUCGACGGCGUGGGUCGUGCCCGGGACGAACUUCUCGUGCCUUCCGAGGCCAGCGGAACAACCGCUUCCACGGGAACUACGAAGCCGAAGCUGGUGCUGAAGAUCGCCCCUGAUUUGGAUGAGGCGGAACUGGCGGCCAUUGCAGGAGCCGUACGCUCCAGUGGGGUGGACGGCGUCAUCGUGAGCAACACCACUAUUCGUCGUCCGAAGGAACUGGGUGACCCGAACAAAGACGAGGUCGGCGGGCUGUCAGGGCCGCCCUUGAAGCCAUACACGCUCGCGACUCUCCGGACCUUGCGCGCGCUCUUGCCAGAGUCCGUGCCGCUGAUCGGGUGCGGCGGGAUCUCGUCCGGCGCGGAUGCCCUCGACUACGCCAGGGCGGGCGCGGCAGCCGUCCAGGUGUACACACGGUUUGCGUACGAGGGCGUCGGCACGUGCCGGCGCAUCAAGGACGAGCUCGCGGAGGCCCUAGCGCGCGAGGGCACGACGUGGGCGGGGGUCGUGCGGCGCGCGGUGGGCGAGCGGGGCGUGCAGAGCGCGGCGGGGCCGGCGGACGAGGGCGGGGCACUGGAGCAGCUCCGGAGAGAGGCGGAGGAGCUGAUGCGCGUGGCGGACGAGCUGGGGAGGCGCAUGGAGGCGGAGGCGGCGCAGGGUGAGACGCAGGGGGUGGGAGCAGAUGAUGGCUCGAAGGCGGUGCUGCCUGCGUUGUCGUAG